AGUCCACAGUCUGCACAGCAGCCACGUGCCUGGGAGUUACGUCAUACCCGGAAAGAAGUGAUAGCCCCGCCCCUCACCGUGUAGUCACCCCGCCUAGAUGUGUGUGGUGGCAGCCAUGGGGGAUUACACUGAGGAGAAGAUGACAAUACCGUUUGGUGAGAAACACCUGGAUGCAAUGCUUUCUCUACCUAGAGACUACAGUGGAGUUAGAUAUGGACUUAUUCUGACCCAUGGCGCUGGAGGUGACAUGAACUUCCCACAAUUGGUGUCUUUGGCAAAUUACCUGGCCUCCCAUGGAUUGCUGUGUCUGAGAUUUACAUGUAAAGGCCUUAAUUUAGUAUACAGAACAAAGGCUUACAGUGCAGCGCUGACCUACAUGAAGUCUAAUGAAGAAUAUAAAGUUGCUGGUGUCUUUCUUGCAGGACGAUCGAUGGGCUCUCGUGCUGCCGCCUCUAUAAUGAGAACUGCUUGUGAACAAGAGGACUCCUUUAUCCAGGGCCUGAUCUGUCUGUCAUAUCCUCUACACCCUCCCAAGGCAAAAAGCAAGCUGCGAGAUGAAGAUCUGUUACUGAUAACAAAACCAGCCUUGUUCAUCUCUGGCUCAGCAGAUGAGAUGUGUGACAAGACCUUGAUGACUAAUGUUGUCGGUAAGAUGAAAGCUCCUGUAAAGAUCCACUGGGUUGAGAAUGCAAAUCAUGGACUGACAGCCAAAGGGAGAACACUGGAAGAUGUGCUGCCUGAAAUGAAUGAAAAGACUUUCUUGUGGAUUCAGCAGAUUGUGAAACUACACACAGUUUGAUCGCUCUGCACAUUUCAAAGAUUACGCACUGCAAAUGGCAUCCAGACUGUGCGGAACUGGUGAAAUGAUGGGGAUUCACAGAACCACCAGUGGAUCUGUGAAUCCUGACACAUCAAGGUGCAGUGGAUUGCUCUAGAGCAGGGAUCAGCAACCUCCAGCUGUUCAGAAACUACAACUCCCAGAAUCCUCCUUUCACUUCUAUGGGUGUUCUAAGAACAGCUGAGUAAAUGUGCAUGCUGGGAGUUGUAGUUUCACAACAGCUGGCGUGCCGGAGGUGGCUGAUCUUUGUUCAAGACCAUACAUACAUACUUAGAGAUUAUACUAUCCAGUUUGGUACGGGGGUGAGGGGGCUGGGGGGGUGUUAAGGCCCCAUGCACACAAACCUAUUUUUGUUUUGCACCUGAUUCGCAUUUUUUGUGGAUCAGAUGCGGAACCAUUCAUUUCAGUGGGGGCUGCAAAAAAUGCAGACAGCACUUCUGUAUGUCCGUUCUGCUAGGACAUUUUUAUAGACGUGAAAAAAAAUGGAAGCAUGCACACGAACGUGUCCGUGUUUUGUGGAUCAGCGGUUUGCGGACCGCAAAACACGUAUGGUUGUGUGCAUGUGCCAAAAUCUCCUGAAGACAUUUAUCUUAAGGUGCUAUACACCUUAAAAAGCUGUCGGCCAAGCACUGUUUUGGCCAACGGCUAUCUCUCCUGGUUCUCACAUACAUGCUAGGUUUGGACAUGCGUGUAUGUGUUUUCAAUGGGGAGAGACGAGAAAGCCACUGUCCGACACCUCUGGCUGCGGCUUAUAUUCCUGGAGGACAAAAGGAUCAGGUGUUAAAAUUCAAAGCUCCCAAUCCUUUUCUUUCCCAACAUCAGCUGACUAAGAAGAGUCAGGAGACCCCUAUAAACAUUAGACUGUUCGGCAAUUUUGCAGGGAAUGACAGGUUUGACUGCCAGUAGCUUAACUAGCAUCUGUCAGCAUGAUCAACCCUCUUAAACAAGGUAUAUUGCCUGGAAGGGUUGAUCAUGCUGAAUGAUACCUUUAUUUUGUCUCAAGGGUUAAUAUUUGCAGAUUUAUUGACCUUUUUAUAUCUAUAUAAAUUACCUAUUUGGAGCACCAAGGGGCUGGCCGUAGGGCUAGGACCACUGCUAGCUCGACGCUCUGUGCUCUCCCUACUCCCCCCCCCUCCCCUAUGAUUGACAAGGCUAGACAUUUAAUCUAGCCCUGUGUUAUCACUUGGAAAGCAGCAGAUGCAUGAUUAUGGGGGUGGCCAUCUUGUCUGAGCUGUUUUUAACAGCAUUAGGCCUCUUGCACACUGCCGUGUUUCACGGCCGUAUGCGGGCCGUGGAAC